UUCAGCAUGUAGUACGACUCAAUGACAAGAGAUAGAGAAAGAAAGAGAGUCACGAUCCAAUAUUGGGUCUAAUAAACUUUAGACUUUUUAGCCCGAAGUCUUCUCGUAAUACAUACUCUUCGUUGCAAAAAAUACGAAGAUAUUAUUGCUCGGGUCGAAAACGAUACGAGUGUGGAAAAAAUGGUUUUGCGUGCUUUCAAUAAAAGGAAUGCCGAAAUUGCUGUAAAAUGGUUACCGACAGCAUUCACCUAUGGAACUGGUGCAACAGUGAUGAUGUUGUAUAUGACAGAUUGGAAAGUAGUGUUGCAAUAUGUUCCUUUUUAUGGUAGCAAAUUCAAUGAAGAAUAGUCAUAAGAUAUCAAGCCAAUACUCGAAGAUGAUUAUGUAACAAUUCUAUUAAAGAAUUGUACUGCAUUGUACUCUGUUUAUUUAUUUAAAUAAAAUCAUAGUAAGGAAUA